AGUACCAGACACAUAAUAAUAAAAAAAAAAAAUAAUAAUAAUAAUAAUAAUAAUGCAAAAGUGCAGAAUUAAUGUUCUGACGAGUUAUAUUUUCUUCGAUUUUUCCUUUUUUAUCGCAAAUAAAGUAAUGCAUUCACAUCCGCUUCGCUCUGUGCUUGGGUGAUGUAAAGUCUUAGGACCCAUGCGUUCGGCUUGCCGAAAAAAGCUGGCCAGAAAUUGAUUUUUCGGUUAUGGCUUGAUUGCACCAUUCUGCAAUCGUGUUAUAAUAUGGGCGGUAAUGUAUCACAGCUUGAGAGAGAUAUUGGAUCGGAUCAGUUUCCUCCAAACGAGCAUUAUUUUGGUUUAGUAAAUUUUGGAAAUACUUGUUACAGUAAUUCAGUUCUUCAAGCUCUAUAUUUUUGUAAACCAUUUCGAGAUAAAGUAUUAGAAUAUAAAGCUCGUAAUAAAAGAAAUAAAGAAACGUUGCUCACUUGUUUAGCUGAUUUAUUUCAUAGUAUUGCCACUCAAAAGAAAAAAGUUGGGUCCAUAGCACCAAAAAAAUUUAUUAAUAGACUGAGAAAAGAAAAAGAAGAAUUCAAUAACUACAUGCAACAGGAUGCUCAUGAAUUUUUAAACUUCCUUAUAAAUCAUAUUAAUGAAAUCAUUCUUUCUGAGCGUAACCAAGCUAAUUGUAAUGGCAAAUCUAAAUCAAUUACACCCAAUAUAAUUGAUGGAGAGUCAACUACUAGUAGUAUUACUAGUUCAAGUAGUCAAAAUCAAGAUCCAACUUGGGUACAUGAAAUAUUUCAAGGAAUAUUAACAAGUGAAACUAGGUGCCUCAACUGUGAAGAAAUCAGCAGUAAAGAUGAAGAUUUUUUUGAUCUUCAAGUAGAUAUAGAUCAAAACACUAGUAUUACACAUUGUUUACGUUGUUUUAGCAAUACAGAAAUGCUUUGUAGUGAUAAUAAGUUUAAGUGUGAUAAUUGCUGUAGCUAUCAAGAAGCCCAGAAAUGUAUGCGGGUCAAAAAAUUACCAAUGAUAUUGGCUUUACAUUUGAAAAGAUUCAAAUAUAUGGAACAAUUUAAUAGACACAUUAAAGUAUCUCAUAGAGUUGUUUUUCCUUUAGAACUUAGGUUAUUUAAUACGUCUGAUGAUGCUGUUAAUCCAGAUAGAAUGUAUAAUCUUGUAGCUGUUGUUAUACAUUGUGGCAGCGGACCAAACAGAGGUCAUUAUAUUAGCAUUGUUAAAAGUCAUGAUUUUUGGCUUUUGUUUGAUGAUGAUAUGGUUGAUAAAAUUGACCAAUCUGCUAUAGAAGAUUUUUAUGGUCUUACGUCAGAUUUACAAAAAUCAUCUGAAACCGGUUAUAUACUAUUUUAUCAAUCUAGGGAUGCUACUGAAAUUUCAAAUUCCGGUAUGUCAGAAUCAAAAUCAAGUCAUUGUAAAUAAAUUGCUUAAUUCUAUA